GACCAGUGUCCUAACGCGUCUAAACCACACUUCUUCUUCUUCUUCUUUUAUACAUUCUCAGAUCUUCUCUCAAUUCGCUCACACAGAAGAUGGACGCCAUAGACUCAGUCGUGGAUCCCCUCAGAGAGUUCUCCAAGGACUCCAUCCGACUCGUCAAGCGCUGCCACAAGCCCGAUCGCAAAGAAUUCUCCAAGGUGGCGCUCCGGACCGCGAUUGGAUUCGUGGUGAUGGGAUUCGUUGGGUUCUUCGUCAAGCUGAUCUUCAUUCCCAUCAACAACAUCAUCGUCGGAUCUGUUUAGGUCAUGCUGAAGAUCAAGUUUGAUAGAUGAUAGGUGCAGCAACUUGAGAGUUUGAAGAGGAGGCAUUAGUGUGUGCUUUUUAGUUCUCAUUUGGUUCCCUUUAAGAUAUGUUUACAGUACUUUUGUAAAACGAUGAAUCAUGAAGUUUCUAAUUUUUCACAAUUGAGACCUUAA